AUGUGCCUGCACACCAAUGCCAGGAGCUUGGGGAAGAAACAGGAGGAACUGGUUCUCUUGCUAAACAAAAAGGAUUACGAUCUCAUAGGAAUAACAGAGACCUGGUGGGACUCCACCUAUGACUGUGCCGCGGGUGCCCAAGAGUUGGAGCCUACACCACGUCUACCAGAGCUUCCCCAUGCAGCUGAAAGAAAUCUGAACAAUAUCACGUUCUUCAAUGGAGUCUUUCAAAAUGUAGAAAGUGUUACACUGUUUUUUGACUGUCUGGGUUCUCACUUCACUUGGCUUCAGUCUAUCUUCACUAACUUCCCUGCACUGCUCAAUUUUGUGAACAAAAUGAAGUGCGUGACUGGACUUUGUCCAAGGGAUUUUGAAGACUACGGCUGUUCUUGCCGGUUUGAGAUGGAAGGGCUUCCAGUGGAUGAAACGGACAGCUGCUGUUUCCAGCACCGCAAAUGCUAUGAAGAAGCAGUCGAGAUGGAGUGUAUGUGGGAUCCUGCAAAGAUUUCGACAGAUUUCAGCUGUCUUACCAAAAACCUCACCUGCAGAUCUGGGGAUCCUUGCGAACAGUUACUCUGCAACUGUGACAAAGCUGCCAUUGAAUGUUUUGUGCAUUCACGCAUUAACUCUUCCUUGAAUGGUCUGGAUGUCUCCUUCUGUCCCACUCUGGUUACAGAGCUUCUUCAUCACAGGAAUGAUAAAACACUGCUGGCAACAACCUCCAUGGAAGAAGUUACAUCAAGCAGGCCCAACCACAUAGAUGUGAGAACAACCAGAGCAGGAGUGACGUCUCCUGAGCCCGAUGAUGUGGUCCUGAGGACUCCCCAAGCCGGAGUGAUUGCAAGAGAGCAGGAAAGCACCACUGCUACCUUAACGGAGCCAACACAAAAAGUUACUACAGUGAAAGCCACAGACACAGCCCUGGAUACAAACAAAGGAUUUAUGGAGCCUGCUUUCACAGUAGAGGGAACAACCAGAGCCCCUGCAGAUACCCACUCUGCAAACUCAAAAGAGAGACCCACGGAAAAUGCUCCUGCCAGGACAGCCAACAAAGACACAGUCUUGAAGAUAGGAGGAGAGGGCACAGUCUACUCUACUGUAUCUCCAGAAGUGUCACCUUCUGAUGGGGAACUUAACUCCUAUGUGGGAAAAGUCUGCGACCGAUUUACCUUUCUGCAAAUAAGAGGGAAUGGGAAAGUGAAGCAGGAGCUGCCCCAGCUAGGAGAAAUGCUGUAUUGUUUGACUGACAGAUGUCCACAGGAAUUUGAAUCUUAUGGCUGCUACUGUGGCCAGGAAGGAAGAGGUUCUCCUGCAGAUGUACUGGACAGGUGCUGUUUCUCUCAUCACUGCUGCAUGGAACAAGUUAGAAAACUCGGAUGCCAUCCGGAGAGAAUUUUGAGAUCUGAAGUUGUGUGUUUCGAUCAUAAACCAAAGUGCAUCGGCUGGAGUAUGUGUGAAAAGCUACUGUGUUCCUGUGAUCAGACAGCUGCUGAGUGCAUGGCUGCUGCCGUUUUCAAUGACAGCUUGAAGGUCCCAAGCCAGCAAGACUGCCAAGGGGAGAAAGCCCUGUGUUGGAGUGGAACACAUGAAAGGCCUUCAAGUGGCUCAGGAAUAGGCACUAGAGCAUCCAGCUCUGAGGAGAGCAGUGAGGAGGCAGGUCCAAGGAGUGUUUUAAGAAGAGUAAAGAGAGGUGCCCGCUUUUCAUUUGGAAAGGAUUACUCUGCACCACUGCACGGGAGAUAGCCAAGCUUGAUCACCUUGUUGUGGAAUGGCAUAAAGGGCUCGAGAGUCAAAUAUUGUGUAACCCAUUUUGUCUUCGAAAAUUCUCCUUUUCAUUUCCUUACAGACAACUGAUAGAAAGAUAGACUAGGUUGCAAGUAUAUCACACUACAGUAUGGAACUCCUUAGUAUAGAGAAGCCUGCCUUGAGGGUCAUCUCUAGUAGGCCAGACCCUGUCUAAAAGUACCAAGUACAGUUUGGUUCAGCUUCCAAGUAAAUAAAGCCCCAGUUGAUUUUUGUUAAGGGCUUUGCCAGUUGCCUAAGGCCAGACCCCUCACUCUACGUCAUGGGUGAUGAUCCUUGCUGAAAACAAAAAUAAU